AUGGCCAUAAACACCGACAGUGAGUUUGAGAAGUCGGGUCUGGCUGAAAGCGGCAGGGCGCAGCAGGAAACGGAGAAGCUGCUGCGUGAAGGCGGGGCAGGAAACGGGCUCAGCAUGUCCACCUCGGGCACUCUCACUGUGGACGUAGAGAAAGGACCCGAGAGCGAGCAGAAUGGCCAUGGGGGACCACAGAGAUCCAGUUCGGUGGUGCAGCUCGCCUCGGCACCUCUGUCUUCCUCCAGACCAAGUCUGAGCCGCACCUCAUCCACCGGCAACGCGGUGCAGGAGCAGCCCAAGCCCAAAGACUACCUGCUGCUGGUCAUCCUGUCCUGCUUCUGUCCCGUGUGGCCCGUCAGCAUCGUAGCGCUCGUGUAUUCCAUUAUGUCCAGAAACAGCCUACAGCAGGGGGAUAUCGAUGGUGCAAGACGUCUGGGUAGCUUGGCUCGCCUACUCAGCAUCGUGGCUAUCAUCCUGGGCCUGGUCGCAAUUAUUGUCUACGUUGUGGUAUCAGUGAGCUAAAGAACAGGAACACCCAGCUGACGAGAAAUAACCAUCUACAGCAAAAAAAAAAAAAAAAAAAAAAAAACCCACAAAAAAAACCUCUACUGUGUAAUUUAAAAAAUGAGAUCUUUCUUAUAAAAUAAUCUAUAAAACAAAAAAAGAAAUUAAAAGGAGUGUAGCAAAAAAUAAUAUCUAUUUACAGAGAAAUGACGUGCAUGCUUUAAGCUAAUGUGUGCUUGAUAAAAAAAAAAAAAAAAAACAUUGAACAGGGAGUGCUUAGCAUACACAAAAUACUGUUCUUCUGGAGAACUGACUGAAGAUGAUGCCAAGGAUGAGAGCAGAACUCUUCAUCAAGAUGGGGACUUUGAGCUGCGAGCUGCAUCAUAACCUUAUAUUACUCCUGAAAUAUCCAGAUGCACAGAUAUAUUUGCAAUAUAACUCUUCACAUAUAUUUUAUGUAAAGAUUUGUAUGACAAGAUGAAAUUAACUUUUGGGGAAACUGGAGACGCUUAGCUUUGCUGGAUGACACGUGACCUCAUGGACUCUGUCGAAGGAAAAUGGAAGCGAUUCUGAAUGGGAGGAGUUUGUUUUUUCAUUUACGUUAUUUAAUUUGUAGCUUUUGAUUUACUAAGAUGACCACGUGCAUGUGAAAAGCCAAAUUUCAUCACAUCCCAUUAGAAAGACUGCGGGUAUUUAAAGUGGAUUGCACAUGCUACAUGCCCAGGGCUGAUCUUGGCUCAGAUGAGCUGAUUCUCUUUGCCUUGCUGUUGGAAGUGGUCUGAGAACUGAGCAUUGAAAAGCAUGUUGAAUCCCCUCUCCAAUCUGAGCUACUUGCUGAAGCAUGGACAAAUGUCUAGAGGCAUGAAGAGGGCAGGACCACUUCAUUGUGCUCUGUGCCAAAGCCCUCAGAACUGUACUCUACCCGCAAUCACUGAAAUCACUAGUGCAGAAUGCCAGUCCAGCUCUUCUGGACUCCUAACUUGUAUACAUAUGCUAUAUAUCCAUAUACUUAUCAAAAUAUAUAGGCAUGCUGUAGACAGACAGUACUAUUCUCUCUCACACACUCAAAAAAAUCGCCAUCUUACAAAUUAAGUUGUUUCUUUGAUAUGACACAAAUGACAGUAUUUACUGCAUCUCUGCAUAAUUAACCUAGUGACGUAAAAAAAGGAAAUUCAUCAUCUAAAUCUUUGUCUAAAGACCUAGAUUUGGCUAUUAGGCUUUUUCUUCAUAGAUGAAAUAAACAACAAUGUUCUCAUUCUGUUCAUUCUGAAUUAAAUAUUUUACUGCCCCAUUCCAAGCACUUUAUUACCGGAGCCUUUUCAGGAUUUUUACUCCAGAUUCAUGAUUUUCUUCACGUUGAUUGACAAAUUUAUGUAUUUUUCUCUUUGAUAUAUUGCCUUAUUUUUUAAUAGUAGAGACUGUUAGCAUCUACAAACCACCCAGAAACACUAAUCACUGGAUUCUGUGUACUGUUUUACCUCAUCCACCGCUUUUCUGUCCAUACUGUGUGUGUGUGUGUGUGUGUGUGUGUGUGUGUGUGUGUGUGUGUGUGUGUGUGUUUAUGUAAGAGGUAGAAAUGCUGAGCUUUGCUUUAAGCUGUGGAACAUUUAGACGAACACAGCUCACGUAUAGAAAUAUCAGUUUGAUACAUCAGGUACUUACUGUACAUUAAAGUGCAGUGCCAAUAUUGAUGAGAUGCACAAGUGCUGCUAUGUGUCUAAAACUGUGAUUUUUUUUUUUUUUAAUUCUCUUUGGAUAUGACUUUUCAUUUCAUAGGUUCAUUGUGUACUUCUGCAUGGGUGGAAUAAAUGUUAACACGCAUGAUCUACAA